ACUGAUGCUAUCGAAAGCAUAAUCACAACCCAAACCACCAGCGAAACGCGAAUAACGGGAGAUUAUAAAAACUAUCUAUUAAAUAAAACCUUGUUAAAAAGUGUAUAUUAGUGAAAGAAAAUAUGAAUUUUAAAUUUUCUACAUUCAUUGCUGUCGCAUUAACCAUUUUGGUCUGUGCCGCUGCAGCACCAGGACGCCACACAAAUCCGCCCACAGUACGUCCACAACCUCCGCCACGUCCAAUACGUGUACGUCGCGGUGUUGCCACCGCCGGUGCGGUUGCCACAAAUGCCAAUGGGGGACACGAUGUUAGACUGGAAGCUGCUAAGGGUAUCGGCACACCAAAUGUCAAUGUGAUUGCGAGCGUUGGUGCGGCGGGCAACACCAAAGGUGGACCGGUCACUACUAGCGGCAGUUUGGCCGCAAAUCUUCACGGUCUCGGCGCCUCCAUCACUAAGGAGCAUACACCCGGUUUUGGUAGCACGCUGACGAAGAGUGCCAGCGCCAAUGUCCUUUUAAAUCAAAACAAUCGUUUGGAUGGUUCUGUUUUCAAGUCGAACACCAAGUUGGAGAAUGGUUUUGGAUUUGAGAAGAAUGGUGGUUCGUUAGCUCUGAGCAAUGCUGGCGGUCAUGGUAUAUCCAUUGCUAAGGAGACCAUUCCAGGUUUUAGUAACUCACUAACAAAGUCAGCACAUGCCACACUCUUUAAUUCGGGUCCACACAGCGUAGGCGCCAGUGUGUUUGAUGCCAAGAAGUCUUUCGAUUUUGGUCCUACCAUUCGUGAAACAGGUGGCAACCUCAAUUGGGCGCAUUCUGGUGGUCAUGCGGCUAAUUUGGGUCUAUCUAAAGUGCAUGACUUCGGUACGAAAUUCAACUAUGGCGCCAGUUCCAAUCUCUUCACCUCUGCCGAUCGUCAAACGAAAUUGAACUUCAAUGCUGGUGGUUCUCGUUGGUUGAAUGGUCCGCUAAGUGGCAGAAAUGACUUCAACACCGGUUUCGGUCUUUCGCAUAGCUUCCCUAACUGGGGUUAAGACAGAUUGCAGUGAAUACUUCAUAUUUAAAUUAAUUAUUUAUUCUUAUCUUGUAAUUAUUUAGAGUAUUCUUAUAAUAAAUAAUGCGAAAUAUAAUUGAAAA